CAUAUCCACAAACCAACCCACUGAUGUGACAGUUGAAAACGCCAAUGAAGUGGCGCGUCUGCAAGUCGAAGUGCAAAGAAGAGACGCCGAAUGCACGCGAAGAGCAGAAACUACCGCUUCGCACCAGAGACUGUAUAUAUUCAGGACAGGACUGAAGUUUCUCAACGCAGUGAUGGCUCCACGAAUGGAUGAUGUCAUGCGUCUGUGCUGUGAAAUAUCAGCUCACGAUCAGAUCAAGGUGGCAGUGAAAAACUCCACCAAAGGAGCACUGGUGGCAGGAGGAACUGCCUUUGUAGGCGCGCUGCUCGGAGGACCUCCAGGGAUUGCUAUUGGUGGAGCAGUAGGCGGUCUGUUGGGCAGCUGGCUGACCAGCGGUCAGUUCCGGCCUCUGCCUCAGAUCCUGAUGGAGUUGCCACCUACGCAGCAACAGAAGCUAUACAAUGACGUUGUGUCCGUCUUAGGCAACCUGGACUGGAUGGACGCGGCGCAGCUCAUUGCCCUUGUGAUGGGCAACGCCACUCUCCAGCAGCAGGUCACUGCUACGCUGCUGAACUACAUCACAAAGGAACUCCGAGCAGAGGUGCGCUAUCAAGACUGAGUUCUGGUUCCAUGUGGACUUUUCAGGAGUCAGACCUGCUGAGAUCAACCAGAGUCCUUCACGACAUGUGUUUGUACAUAAUUGGAGAAAAACUAUGAAUCAUGGAUGUUCCACUAUCAUGACUGUGCCAGACGGAGCAGUUAGCCUUUGUUAUCUUCAGAGUGUCUAUGCCAACAACAAUGGUGAAAUGUAACUAAAUACAUUUAGUAAUGUACUAUUGUACUACAAGUGUGAGGUACUUUACUUGAGUAUGUCCACUGUAUGCUACUUUAUACUUCUACUCCACUACAAUUCAGAAGCAAAUAUUGUACUUUUUACUCUACUACAUUUAUUUACCAGAUUCAGAUUAAUACUAAAAAAAUACAUCGGCUAAUAAUAAAUGAUGUGGUUUAAUUAUAGAAUAAUCUUCCUGUCAGUAGUUAAUGUGCAAUAUUAAUGGUGGUUAUUAAUGCAUCGCUAAUUAUAAUCCAGUAUAUAUUAUUCUGGAAAGGGUCAUUCUGCAUAAUGAGUACUUGGUACUUUAAGUACAUUUUAAUAUCAAUACUUAAGUGCUUUUACUUAAAGACAAAUCACUGUCCAGUCACCAUGGAAACCUGAUACUCAAUAAUGAAUAGUGACAUCAGCACAAACAAUGUUUUGUACGAAGGACUGAUGUCUGUCAGUUUUCCUUUCUGCCUUUUUAAACUCUAAAAUGUAAAAUGUUUGUGCCUGAAGAGUCAUUUAUUCUGGAUUAGAAUGUAACUCUUUGUUCCCGCACUCUGUAUCAGGGUGUUUUAAUGUGUCUCUGGUCACGAUUUGCAAAUAAAAUACACUUUUUAAGCUUU